AUGUCCAACCCUUACAUAUUUAACAACUAUCAGCAAUACUCCCCUCAAAUGAAUAAUGCCCAAAUGAACGCUUCGCCCACGUUUGCCAAUUUGCAAUACCUUGGCGGUCUGGCCAACUCAACAACUAGCUCCUCCUUGUCAUCGUCCUCGUCGGCCACUUCCUCCCUCACCUCCAACUAUUCCUUACACAACUCAAGAUUGAGAUACUACUUGUCGAAGUCUUUUGACGCUGAGGAUGACAUGGAGUUUUGUCCCGACAUUCCUGAGUCCUUCACCGCUGGCCACUCCAAGAAAUUCAAUCCUUACACGGCCAGUGUGUUUGCUCCGACUGCCUAUCAUGGUGAAGUACCUAGUCUGCCCAACAAUCAGUCAUCAGACUCUCCUAGAGCCACUACUUCUAGAAUCAGAAAGCCUGUGGAAAUCGUCAACCCCCACACGAAGGUGAGGAUCACUUCUCCUGCUACUCACAAGUGA